CCCAGCUUCCAUCUCAAUGACAGUGCAAGCUCAGUGAACUGUUCAAGCUCUUUCACUGAGGUCCAUCCACAAAAGGACAAGAAGUACAUUGUUCAUGAGAAACAGUUGCUGGGGCUGUUCAGAAGGUGUCCCGUUUGUACCGGUCGUUGUGUUGUGAACACGACAACAGUCGGCACACUGCUCCGUGUGACACAACGGUGUUCAUGCUGUGAGCACUACAAUGAAUGGUCCAGUCAGCCCAUGGUGAACAGCAUCCCAGCAGGAAACCUCCAGCUCUGUGCUGCUGUCCUUUUCACAGGAUCAUCAUUUAGCCAGAUUUCUAAGUUCCUGGGUGCCUUCAAUGUGCAGGGACUGUCCAAGCAGUCAUUCUGUCGGCAUCAGGCAAAGCUGUUAAUUCCAACAGUGAGCUGGCAGUGGCAGCUAGAGCAAGCUGAUAUCAUCCAGGAGGCUACUGAAUCUGGACCUGUGACUCUUGGUGGUGACAUGCGAGCUGAUUCACCUGGACACUCAGCCAAAUAUGGCAGCUACACCAUGAUGGAUCUCAAAAGAAACAAAGUUAUUGAUAUCCAACUUGUACAGAGCAAUGAAGUUGGGAAUAGUGUGCGAAUGGAGAAGGAGGGAUUUGUGAGAAGUCUGAGCACACUUUUGGAGAGGGGGGUCGAUGUGCAGCAAGUCGUGACUGACCGCCACACAGGAGUGCAGAAGUAUUUGAGGGAGGAAAAAAAGGAAAUCAGUCACUACUUUGACCCCUGGCACAUGGGAAAAGGAAUUGGUAAGAAAAUCGAAGAGCUGGGGAAGAGAAAGACGACCCAGGAUGUGAGACUGUGGAAGCAAAGUGUGGUGAACCACCUCUACUGGUCAGCAUCCGGUUCCUCCUCAGGACAGGAGGCAGUAGCAAAGUGGACUUCAGUUGCCAACCACAUCCAAAAUGUGCACAGCCAUGACAACGCCCUGUUCCCUAGCUGUCUGCAUGCACCUCUGGAUGGAGAACAGGCAAGACAGUGGCUCAAACCAAGCACAGCAUCAUGUGAGAAGCUCACUGCCAUUCUGUUAGCUCCACGGUUUGUGAAGGACGUAGAGAAGAUAAGCCCUCAGUACCACACAUCCACCUUGGAGGCUUUCCACAGUCUCAUCAUCAGAUUUACUCCAAAAAGUCAAGUCUUCUCCUUCAAAGGAAUGCUGUCUAGAUUACAAAUUGCUGCAAUGCACUAUAAUGAAAAUGCAGCACGCUCACAUGCAGCAACAGCAACUGGUGAGCUGAGAUAUGCUGUAGUGUACCCAAAGUACAAACGUGGAGACUACACAGUGAGAGCCCUGAAGACCAAUCCAACCUCAUUAUAUGUGCACAAGCUUAUGGACCUGCUGUUCGACUCUGUGGUGGUGGAUCCUCUCCCAUAUCAGGAGUACUCGGACAAAAUUACGGUUCCAGAACCGCUCUGUGCCCAGUUCCAAAGACCAGAUAAACGGGAUGCUGUGAGCAGGCACAGGUCCAGGUUUUAAA